AUGUUCCUUACCUUCAGCAACAAGAGCCAACUGGCCCUAGAAAACGUCCGCCCCGUUCUUCUUGACUACAGUCGCUGUGUCAUAUGGUCUCAGAGCAAUCGAGGUAUGCACGGACGGCUCGACGAAGUGUACUAUGACGCCCCGCCCAUUCCCAAGAGAUACGUCCUAGACAAAAGCCCAAUGCCGCGACUUCCGAAGCCUCCACACCCUCUGAUGGUCUAUCCUAAUGCCAGCUGGCUGCAGGACUUUGCAGGGUCGGACAAGCUCGAAGUCUGGAUCAAGAGCGAGUUUGGGGAGCCCGAGCAGCAGCGUAUCUACUCGACUGAAAAGAUGCUCAAAGAACAGAUGCAGGAGUUGUGGAAAGUCGGCCAAGAGAUAUACGAAAUGGAGAACCCAUUCCUCAUCGCACAGGGAAGAUACGACCUCAUCAUCAAGGAUUGCGAUAUUCAUCCAACUCCCCAGGAGAAGCGCCAGGCCGAGGCAGAGGCACAGCACAAAGCACAUGUCAUGCAUUCUAGAAACAUUAGAGAAAUCCAUCGGGAAUAUGGAUGGCCUAUUUCGAGUAAACUGAAUGCAGCAUGCGAGGAUCCGCCGGCUCCUGAGAUGGGCUCCUAG